UUCCGGCAGAGAGGGCUUGGCCCCCAGAGAGGGCGGGGAGAUGACACAGUUGUUCCCCCAGCCCCGCGGGGCGGGCAGCAUGGUUCACUCCAGCAUGGGGGCUCCAGAAAUAAGAAUGUCUAAGCCCCUGGAGGCCGAGAAGCAAGGUCUGGACUCCCCAUCAGAGCACACAGACACCGAAAGAAAUGGACCAGACACUAACCAUCAGAACCCCCAGAAUAAGACCUCCCCGUUCUCCGUGUCCCCAACUGGCCCCAGCACCAAGGUGGGCAUUCUCUCUGGCCUCCACUUAACAUUCUGGGGUCCCGGACCCUGCCUCUCUCCCCCCCAGAUCAAGGCUGAAGACCCCAGUGGCGACUCAGCCCCAGCAGCACCCCCACCCCCCCAGCCGGCUCAGCCGCAUCUGCCCCAGGCCCAACUCAUGUUGACGGGCAGCCAGCUAGCCGGGGACAUACAGCAGCUCCUCCAGCUCCAGCAGCUGGUGCUUGUGCCGGGUCACCACCUCCAGCCACCUGCUCAGUUCCUGCUGCCGCAGGCCCAGCAGAGCCAGCCAGGCCUGCUACCAACGCCAAAUCUAUUCCAGCUACCUCAGCAAACCCAGGGAGCUCUUCUGACCUCCCAGCCCCGGGCAGGGCUGCCCACACAGGCCGUGACCCGACCCACGCUGCCCGACCCGCACCUCUCGCACCCGCAGCCCCCCAAAUGCUUGGAGCCACCAUCCCACCCCGAGGAGCCCAGUGACCUGGAGGAGCUCGAGCAGUUCGCCCGUACCUUCAAGCAACGCCGCAUCAAGCUGGGCUUCACGCAGGGUGACGUGGGCCUGGCCAUGGGCAAGCUCUACGGCAACGACUUCAGCCAGACGACCAUCUCUCGCUUUGAGGCCCUCAACCUGAGCUUCAAGAAUAUGUGCAAACUCAAGCCCCUCCUGGAGAAGUGGCUCAACGACGCAGAGACUAUGUCUGUGGACUCAAGCCUGCCCAGCCCCAACCAGCUGAGCAGCCCCAGCCUGGGUUUCGACGGACUCCCCGGCCGGAGACGCAAGAAGAGGACCAGCAUCGAGACAAACGUCCGCUUCGCCUUAGAGAAGAGUUUUCUAGCGAACCAGAAGCCUACCUCAGAGGAGAUCCUGCUGAUCGCCGAGCAGCUGCACAUGGAGAAGGAAGUGAUCCGCGUCUGGUUCUGCAACCGGCGCCAGAAGGAGAAACGCAUCAACCCCUGCAGCGCGGCCCCCAUGCUGCCCAGCCCGGGCAAGCCGGCCAGCUACAGCCCCCAUCUGGUCACACCCCAAGGGGGUGCUGGGACCCUGCCGUUGUCCCAAGCUUCCAGCAGUCUGAGCACAACAGUUACUACCUUAUCCUCAGCUGUGGGGACACUGCACCCCAGCCGGACAGCUGGAGGGGGUGCGGCCGGGGGCGGAGCCGCGCCCCCCCUCAAUUCCAUCCCCUCUGUCACUCCCCCACCCCCGGCCACCACCAACAGCACAAACCCCAGCCCUCAAGGCAGCCACUCGGCUAUCGGCUUGUCGGGCCUGAACCCCAGCACGGGCCCUGGCCUCUGGUGGAACCCUGCCCCUUACCAGCCUUGACAGCAGCGGGAACCUGGUGCUGGGGGCGGCUGGCGCGGCCCCAGGGAGCCCGGGCCUGGUGACGUCACCACUCUUCUUGAACCACGCCGGGCUGCCCCUGCUCAGCGCCCCGCCUGGCGUGGGCCUGGUCUCGGCAGCCGCUGCAGCCGUGGCGGCCUCCAUCUCCAGCAAGUCUCCUGGCCUCUCCUCCUCCUCCUCCUCCUCCUCGUCCUCGUCCUCGUCCUCCUCCUCCACUUGCAGUGAGGCAGCAGCACAGACCCCUGGAGGCCCAGGGGGGCCCGAGGCAGGGUCCAAACCCGAGUGAGGGCCUGCCGUGCCUCCCCUCCUACUCCUCUGACCACCGCCUCUGUCCCCCACCUGGCCUGGGAAGAGGGCGAGGAGGCCAGUGGUGGGGGCGCAGAGGGUCCUCGGAGCAGGAGUGACAAGGGAGGAAAGAUCAAAACAAACAAACGAAAAGAACAACAACAACAAAAACCAACCAACCAAAAAAAGAAAAAGAAAAGAAACCAACCAACAGAAAAGAAAACCAAAAAUAAUCACAAAGAACCAGCUGCCCCAAAAGAACCAGAGGUGACAAAACAAAAAAAAACAACAAAAACAAAAUCCCUCACCAAACCAAACAAACCAAAAACCAGUCUUGAGCCAGAUCUCAUGUGCUCACCCUCACUGCUACGACACCAAAUAAGAACCCCAGCCGGGGGCAGAGAAGCCUCGGCAGGGCGGACCUCACACAAGCCCCUGGCUGUGGGGCCAAGCCUCCCCGCGCACGCGCGCGGGGCCAGAGAAGGAAAAAGAGAAUGUGCCAGCCUCCCAGCCCCAGCCCCCAGCCCUGGGCCAGCGAGGGCAGGGCACAGCCUGGAGCUGACAGGGUGGGCCCAGAACCACCCACGAAAUAUUCUUUUCCAGAAGGUGAAAGAGAAAGGGCCUGAACAACCUUACACCAAAUAUUCAGUAGCUUCAUCCAAAGGAUGUACAGUUUUUAGCGUUGUGCUCAACAGAAUGUGUCCCUAUCAUGUGUCCCCUCUCCCUUGGCUCUCAGCUCUCCCCUCCUGGGCAGGGGGUCUCGCUUUAACCUCCUCCCUCCCCGCCAGGGGAGAGUUCAGGGGAAGGCCUGGGAUGACUUUUCACCCUUUGUACCUCCCCCUUUUCCCUUUGAAGGGUGGGCUAGGCCGUUUUGCCAAGUUCUAGCUCUCACAUGACCCCCCUCCCCCCAUCCCCUCCUCUGCUCUGGCAUCUUCCCCCAUCCCUAGCCCAUGGGAAGGUGGAAGUGUCAGGCAAGAGGGGAUGAGGUGAGGGCAUUCAAAUUGUCUUUUUUUCCAUCCUCGUCUGUCAGUUUCCCUGAAAAAAAAAAAAAAAAUUCAUAUUCCAGUGCCUAUCCGUGGGAUCCUUCACGUUCUUUGACAUUGACCAGAAACCAAAAAGAGAACUCACCUCGCUCUUCCCACCCCGUACCCCUCCGACACUGGCAGAUGCCUCUUCCUCUCCCCCUACACACGCACACACGCACCCACGCACCCCAGUGGUGGGGUUCCUCAAGAUGGCGUCCCCAUCAGGGUCCGUGUGGCGGGGACAGUGCCAUGACCUGUGGUCCCCAUCCAAGAGGGCGCUGUGGUGGCCACCACUCCCACGAGACCUCCCUCGAGUCUUGGCUGGACCCUGUGUUUGCCCAGCCCUGGACGCAUCUUCAUCGACAGAGGAGAGACACUGCUGGGAGCCACCUUGCCCUCCUGCUAUUGUGGAGGCCAACAAAGUUUUGAACCAAAAAAAACCCACAAAAAACGAAAAAACAAAAACAGAAACAAAAAACCAAACAAACAAUAAAUUAAAACUAGAAAAAGAAAGAAUUUAUAGAUAUAUAUAUAUUUAAGGGAAAGAAGACGAGGACUCUUCAAAGAAGAAGAAGGAGCCGCGAGGUGGAGCCAAGCCCCUGCACCAGCGGUCCAGGCCCUUGGUUCCCAAGGCGGAUGGAAGGAUGGAUGCUUCUUUCUCUUCACAAAUACCUCAUGGACGUCGUCUUCGGGAAAGCCGCAGGGGGGCGGCUGGGGCAGGGCCUGCCCCUCAGCCAGGGUGGAUGGAAGCGGGUGGGCAGGGCUGAGAGAGGGUGUCAGGGACAGGGGUGAAGAGCCCCCCAAGCUCCCCGCCCCCCCAAUCAACUGAAAAAGCUUUAAAAAAAAAAAAAAACAGGAAAAAAAGGAAUAAGAAAGCAAAAAAGAAUGGACGAAGGAAAACUAACAAACUUUCGGGUGGUUUGAUUCCUCCUCUGAGUUCUUUUUCUGUUCUCUUCCGUCUGUCCUGUCUCCUCCUCUUCUCUGUCUCUCCCUCUUCCUCUCUCACCUCUCAAUCUCCUUCUUUCUGUGUCUCUCCUCAAACCAAAGUGUUGUUGUGAAGGACUCGAGCCAUUGAAAUCAGAGCAGCCCUCGGCCCUCGGCGGGCAGGAGCAGAGGGAGGGGAGAGCCCGGGAGCCGGGCAGCGCUGCUGGACACUCCGAGGAGAGGCAGACAGAGCCUCGGACGCCACCCUGAGCCCUGAGGCCUCAGCGUUCUCUUUCUUUCUUGUCUCCCUUCUCCCACCCGGGAAUGAAACUGUUGGGCUGGGCCACGGAGGCAGCAGAGCCUCGGCUGUUUCGGAGGUCUUGGGGUGCCUUGUCUGGGCAGUGGUGGAGUGGCUGCCCCUCCCACCCUGGCACCGAUGGGGCCUGGCCUGCCAUCCACCCAUCCUCGCCAGAAUGUAAGCAUCUCCGUUGAACCGACUCCCUGCCCUUACCCUACCUCUGAGUUUGUCCAUUUUUAUUUCCUGAAGAGAAGGGACUGGCAAGAGGGCCCGGGCCCCAGCCCAAGGGUGGACAGGGGGCCAGGGGCUCCUGAACAGAUAGGAAGGACAUUUGAGCAGAGCCAAGUGAAAGGAAUUACAACCAAAAACCCCUCCGAGAAGACAGGCAGCAUGGAAGGCAUGGUGGAGAUGACUCAAACAAAAACUGAUUCUAGACCAAAAAAAGGAGAAAAAAAAAAAGGAAAAAAAAAAAAAAAGAAAAAAAGGAAAAAAAAAAAAAAAAGAAAAUCCAGGACUCACCACCACCCACUUCAUCCUGCUUCCUCCCCAUCAAAUCCUGCCACCUGGGACCUGUCCUCCAGCCUAGUGUGGGAGGAGUGGGGCAGAGAGGAGUGGAGGAAGCAGGGGGCAGGGAUGGGGCCGAUGCCCUGACGUUGGUGGAGGGACCCCUGUGCAGCUGGGGUGGUGGGGGCCCUCCCCAUCCAACCCCCAUAACUGGGAAAAGAAAAACAAAAAAAGAAAAUCCCUGGGAGGGGGAAAAAUAACCAAAUCCCAAGCUUUAACUACAGCUGUGAAACCAAAUAUUGGGAAGGGGGUGGGAGGGAGGGAGGGGCAAGUGUGCCCCAGGUCUCCCCCCGGGCCCCCUCCCCCGAGGACUCGAGAUAAGGCACCAAAUACCUCAUAGAACUUUAAUGUUAAAAAAUGGAAACCAAAUAUCGUUGGCUGGGGGCCAGCCAGGGCAAGGGGCUGGGGGGCUGGAGGGAGGCAGGGUUGGGAAGGUGAUGGGGGAAUUCACGCCCCCCCCACCCCACCCCCGCCCUUUCCACUCCAGUCCCCCCCGUCUCGACUCCGGGAAACAAAACUAUCUCAUCGUUUUUAUUUUGUGGUCUGUACAGAGCCUGUGUCCGUGUGUCUGUGUGCGAGAGAGUUGGGGGGCUGGAGAAUUUUAUGUGGGGUUGGGGAAGGAGACCCCAGGCCAGGCUCUGGGCUAGGUGAGAUGUCUGAGGUGAUGGGGGGGCAGGCACCUGGGCUAGAAAGGGUGAUGAGUGGACUGGAGAAAGUGGGAGCCCUCUGAAAUUCUCUUCUCCCCAACUCCGACCUCCUGCUUGAGGGAGGGACAGAGACAGGGUCGACCUAAUGGUGGGCCUUUUAAUUGUGCCAAAAAAAAAAAAAAAAAAAAUGCCAGUAACUAAAACACCUCUCUCUGUUCUCUUCUGGGAGGGUGGGGGCUGGAAAUAGGGAGGCCUGGGGGGCGUAAGUGGGGGUGGGUGGAGAUGAGGAACCCAAGCCCCUGUAUGGACGGGGGCUGAGGUCAGUAGGAUGGGGAAGGCUGUGGGUUUCUAGCACAUCUUCUCCCUGGGGAAGGCCAAGAGAGGGUCUCCAACCCUGCACCCUGGGAAGCUGCGGUAAGGGACUAGCCAUGGAGGAGGGGGGACCUCUUGACCUGGCUAGAUUUCCCCACUCACCCCCGUCCCAGGGUGCCUCUCUCUCCCUUUAGCCCAGGGUAGGGAGAACUGAGUGAGAGUGACAGGCUGAGCAAGAUUGAGACACGCGGGCCCCACUGGCCUCUGAGUGGGAAAGGCAAGUGCGAGAGAUAAAGGCCUCCAAGAGAAAAAAGAAACAAACCAAAGAUUUAACCAUUAAAAAAAAAAAAAAAAAAAAAACCCA